UAUGUUCGUCACGGGAACAUCUUUCGCAAAAGUGAUCAUUAAAUUGGUGGUGUUUUUACACGAUGGGUUUGUUCGCGCGUAUACAGCUUUCUCUUAGUGAAUUGACCGUGUAACUGUUCAGUUAAAUAUAAGAGGAAGUUUGCUUGAUCAAUCAGAAUGAUAAGAUUAAAAAGUCUAUCUUAUUUUUACCUGUUGUCAGCUAAUGUUAGAUCGAUUCACAUGAAACGUUCUUAUAGUCAAAUUUGCGAAAUCAGACAAGUGACCUUGGAUUAUCCCUGACCGAUAUUACCGCGGCAAGAUAAAAAUUAACGUUAAUAUUAAAUAUUAUUUUUCAUUUGUUCCUUGCCGACGGAAGAAUCAAAAACGUUCGUUUUUAUGUUUGAAUACACACAACUGUGAAAUUAAAUGUGUAGAUACGUGUCAUGCAACAAUUUGACCUGAUUUUCAUUGAAUAUGUCUUUAUACAUUACCAUGGCAUGAGAGCGAGAGGCUGUUUCGAUUGUCAAGAGCAAGUUCUAUUUGUUCUCUCUGCAGUCAAUAGGCGCGAGGACAUUUGGAUAUCGGUUUUCUCGUAUCUUGAUGUAGUUCACGAAAUGCGACAUUUCUUGUUGCACACGAGUUUCGUAAUUUUAUAGGACGAUGAGUGUCCAAAUAGUGGAGAAGACAGCGAAGAAGAUGUAAUAACUGAUUAUUUGGGUUCAUCGCAUUCUGAUUGCGAUCGCAUACCUAUUAUUAAUGGAGAUCUCGGUUGUUUGAGUUCACGUGAAAAUAUAAUUGCUGAAACCAGCUACACCAAAGACAAUAUUGAGAAAACGGCUAUUACCAUGUCUGAAGGAACCGAUGAACAACAGCAGCAUCCGUUGCUUGCAAUUGGCUCUAAUAUACAAUCACAGCCUAAUCCUUUGGUGCCAAUCAUUAGUGUCACACCACACUCACCUGGUCUUGCUAAGAACUACCCUGUUCUGGAAGACAACUUGCAACAUUUGCAUGAAAUCCAUGAUUAUAUUCAGCGUAUGAGAGAUUUGACAUCGAACAACUGGGGAUAUAAUCAUCGUGCUUCCCACAGUGAUGUACAACAACGUUUAACUUCAUCGUGUCCUUCUCUGUGUCCUUUAAUUUCACCUGAAAUUAUACCACGUUCGAGUAAUAAUGAAAUAGGAUCUGAUCCGGAUCUCCUUGCUAAUUGCUCCACUAAUAGUUCACCCACACAUUUCCCAUCAGUAGGUCCUCGUUCACAGAAUGCGCAAGGUAUAGACAGAAGACGCAGUUGGACAGAUUUGGAAGAUACUAGAUGCGGGCGUCGCAGAUGCUCUGGACAAAAUCAUCUACAAGCGCAAAACAUGCGACAGCGCAGUAUUAGUUUAAGUAGCCUAGACAGUGAAAUGGAAAUAGAAUUACAAGGAAAGUCUUGUGCCAGACCUGUAGGUGUUGGUAAUCGCGCAUGCAGAUCACAAGCAAGCACUCAUUCUCUUAACGAAGCUGACCUUGUGCAGAGUGAAUAUCAGAAGAUAGUUACAAAACGAUUCAAAGGUAGUCAAAGGUUAGCAGAAAGUAGUGGUUUAAUGCCUGGUGUGACAGGUUCUCGUUUACCUCUUCAGAAAUCUAUCUCAACGCCUUCAAUUGUUACACCACAAGUUAAUGCUCACUUAGCAGAAUCUGUAACUAGGACAACACCAUCGCUUACAGCCCGUCACGAAAGAAACGAAAAGGGUAGCGGAAGUGAGACGGAAACAGAGGAUCUUCACACACCGCAUAGCCAUGAGUUCCAUGAAGAUAGAGAAGGCACUCCAAAUGCUCAGAUAUCACUCGAUGAAUUACUAACCGAUGGAACAGCAUAUGAUGAUCAAAAUUCAGGAAAAAGUGGACGAAAACGUGGUUCUAUAUUUUUCCGUAAGAAGAAGGAUAAGAGUGGUAAAAAAACUAGUCUACAGCAGCAUUUAUGGACGACAAUAAUGGCUGGAUCUCAGGGAAGUUUAAUAUGUGAUGUUUGUAUGAAGCAAUCAACAAAUAAGCCGCUUCUACAUUGUGAUAAUUGUGGAGUAUCUGUACAUCAAAGUCAAGGAUGUAAAGAUCAACUAGUACUAGAAUGUAUUAAAUCAAAACAUCAUUCUAGUAAAGCUAUCACUAAACCUUCAUCAAACAUGUCUACAAUGUCGAGUAGUUGUAAUGUUAAGAGAGGUUCUACUGCGUCGUUGCCCCUACCAUCUUCAUAUGGAAGCGGAAGGGAAAUUAACUGCAAGAAAGCCGUGACAAGCUACAGCCCUUGGCGGCGAGUUGCUACUAAGCUCGGAGUCAAUCAAACGAUAAAUGAAGAGAGGGAUGGGGAUGGGCAACAUCGUGAUAUAUCGAGUGGUUGGGAAGAAUUCGAUAUAUGCGACGACACCCAUCCAUUUACUCUGGACGAUUUGGAAGGUCUGGAUCCUGAGUUAGGUUUAACUAAAGAAGAACCUGAUUCUUGGAGUGCUGCUAUUGGACAGAAUAUCGCAUUGCGCCUCGUUGAUAAUUGCGAGCGAAAAGUAAAGAGGCAGGAACACAUUUACGAAUUUGUCCUUACAGAAAAACAUCAUUGCUUAGUACUUCUCGCUAUGGAAAGAAUUUUCGCGGAAGGUCUCCGUCGUCAUUUUCGCCUUGGUCAACCAGAUUUGGAACGUAUGUUUCCCAGACUUCGCGAUCUCAUCGAUAUACAUUUACGAUUCCUGCAAAAGUUACGAAAGCGGCAAAAUGCAAACCCCGUUGUUCCUACAAUUGCUGAUAUACUCGUUGAUCAGUUCGCUAGUGAAAAUGCACAACGUAUGAAGAGUGCCUAUGGAGAAUUCUGUAGUCGUCACAGGGACGCUGUUGAAGCUUAUAAAUAUUACUUCCGUCAUGAUCCCCGAUUUGCACGAUUUGUACGACAGUGUCAGUCACACCCUCUGUUAAAGAAAAAAGGAAUUCCUGAAUGCAUAUUAUUUGUUACUCAACGUUUGACGAAGUAUCCAUUACUGGUCGAACCACUUAUAAAAACGGGUAUUGCUCAGGACGAAGCUGAAGAUUUGCGCAAAGCCUUAAGCCUUGUUAAAGAAAUUUUAGCAGAUGUGGAUGCAUGUGUAGCUGAUAAAGAAAGAGAAGAUAGAAAAUUAGAAAUCUAUAAUAAGAUUGACGCAAAAUCUUUUGCAACAUAUCGUGGUGUCAAAUUCAAAAAGUCAGAUAUCAUGGCAUUUAAUAGAAUUUUGAAAUUUGAAGGUACUGCGUACUUAAUGCAAGGUCGUGGAAAAAUGACUGCCAUUGUAGUAGUUGUUCUUUCUGAUAUAUUAUUUUUCUUGGCUGAGAGGGAUCAGAAGUACGCCUUUUUUGUGCCUGACAAUAAGCCUGGUAUAGUACCGCUUCAGAAAUUAUUAGUGCGUGAAAAGGCUGGUCAAGAGUCUAGAGGAAUCUAUUUAAUAUAUAGCAAUCCAGCUAAACCUGAAAUGUUUGAGUUGAAAAUUCAAAAGCCCAAAGAUAAGCAGUUGUGGAUUCAAGCAAUCAGGUCCGCGGUCGAAGCUUGUCCGCAAGAACCUGAGAAUGAAACUGAUACAAUAACUGAGAAUAAUAGUAGUAAUGAAUUGAGAGACACACGAUCUUCUUCUAUAUCCUUACUUUCCGUUGAAGAAAGACAACGUUUAGUUAAAACUAAAGAAUCACAUAUCCGAAAAAUAGUUGCUGAAUUACGAAAGAAAGAUACUGAACAAGCACUUUUACUCGAAGAAAAACUUAAUUUACAAAUGCAACUUUCACAUGCAGCAAACAUAUGGGGUGGAAACGAAACUAAUGAUAAUGAACGAUUAGAAAAAGUUGAUAAAGAAAUUCCAGAUUAUACUAGACUGGUUCACAGUGAAGGAACUGAUACUACACAAUUGUGGCAAGAGGUGGUCGUGGCUGUCCAAGAAGCAACAAGACUUGCUAGCUCAUUAUCGUUUAGUACAGGCGGUGCUACUCUUUCAAGAAGUCUAAGUUCGGCGGGUGAACGGCACAGCGAGGCCUAUGUUCCAGCUGCUCUUAGCGUACCUCGAAGAGCUGAAACAUUUGCUGGUUUCGAUCAUAACAAAGAAAAAUAUCCAUUGCGAGAUUCUGCUGCGAUUCAUUCUGUAAUUUUUCUUCCGAAAGUUGGUGAAUUUAUGAAAGAAAGUCCAGAGGAAAAAGAAAAUCAAGACUCAGAAACAAAUAAAGAUCAACAGUGGGCAGCGAUUCGUUUGUCUCAUCAUGUUUAUACGUUGCUUUGUAUAAUCAGUAAUCAGAUGACGACAAUCGACAGCUUACAGGCUCAAUUAGCUGCAUGUAAAGAAGGAGGUAUAAAUAAACCAAAUAAUAGACCUAAUACGAACCGCCAAUUAGAAGAAUUGCGUAAUUUGCAAGAUCAGUUAAGUCGAGAGAAAGCAGCAUUCCGUGCUGCUUCUCAGCAAGAACAAAAACAGUUAGAGGAGGAAAGAUCUGAAUUGGCAAGGCAACGAGAACAACUCGCAGCAGAAAAGCAGGAUGUAACGCAGCAAAGAGAUCAAUUAUAUCGGCGACUCGAAGCGUUAGAAAGACAAGGAGUAACAUUGGUUGCAGGCUCGACACCUGGAUCCGCGACUAUUCAUUUAUCUUCUCAUAUGACACAGGGAACGGAUACAAUACAGCCGCGAAAAUCUCAGCUGGAUACUAAGCGGAUACCGUUAAAUUUAAUUAGCGCUACUAACCAACAAAAAGUGCCAAGCAAUCUUCCUGUGAAACAGCAGUUGCCUUUGAAACUUGCUAGUGGAAGUAACAAUAACGCAAGGAGUGGAGGCACAAGUAAUAAUAGUCCUGAUCGACAUUCACGAACCGGCAGUAGUCCGGCAAUCGUGACUAGCUCAACAUACUCUUCCCCGGAACUAGGUAAUAAUCAUGCUAGCACCAGUCAAAUUCAUUCUUCGAAUCGUUCUCUACGAAUUACACGAUCUCCUCCGGAGUAUUCACAUCAUCAACAACAACAACAACAACAACAACAACAACAACAGCAGCAGCAGCAGCAACAGCAGCAGCAGCAGCAACAACAACAACAGCAGCAGCAGCAGCAGCAGCAGCAGCAACAACAGCAACAACAACAACAUCAACGAACCGAGCAGCAACAGCCUUUGGAGGAAGAGGUAAUUUUUUUCUGACGAUUCUUUCGUUUUGGUCGAAAGCACUCUCGAUCUUCUCGCCCUACAACUAGUGAGGCUACCCCGACAUCUCAAUUAACUCCUUCUCGGAAUCAGUCAAAAGAUGCUCAACCUAGAAGCCGUGUAAAAUCAUUUUGACUUUCAACAUUUUCUCGAUAAUAACUUCGAAUUACCACUUUUUAUAUUCUUUAAUAUUUCGCUGAUAUUUUCAAUUUUCCAUUAUUCAUUCCUUGUUCACUUAUCACUUCUCUUCCUUUUCUCUCUCUCUCUUUCUCUCUCUCUCUAACUCCCUCUCUCUGUCCCUCUCUCUUCAUUUUUGUUCUUGUCUUCCUUGCUCAGUGAUAAUUUUUAUGAUGUUGUACAUUAAAAUACAACGUGGUACAUAAAUAAUGCAUUUAACGUAUCUAUAAAAAUCGCGCGUGACUGUCAAUAAAAACAUACAUAUUAUUCUGAAUAAAUCGAUAAAGAGGAACGUUACUUUUCAACUGCUACUGAGGGCAAUAAUAUAAUUUGUAUGUAAAGUCUCAUGAAACCUACCGUAGAAAAAGAGAAUAAAUAUAAAAUAUAUGGACAAAUAAAAGAAUAACAAUUAGUACUCACAACUAUUUGCGAGAAAAAAAAAGUAUUAAGAAAGCCGGCUUGGUGAGAUAGUUCUGCCGAUCUUGUUGAUUCUUGCUCGUUAUGUUAUUAAGCCGACUGACAAUUUUAGAAACAUGAUUUUAGACGAAUCUUUUAAACAAAUCUGUUGCUGCUUGCUGAAAAUGCAAGGGUAGAGAAUUAGGUUAUAUUAGGAGUACAUAUACAUGGAUGUGUAUAUAUACUUUUUCAUGACAUAUGUAUGAUGAAGUCACAUGUACGUAUGUUGGGUUCAAAACUGUGCGAAAGUAUAUAAGCGUGCAUAUGAAUAAAAUUCAUGAAUUUAUGCAUAUGCGUACAACUUCGUAUCGCCAAAGAUGUACACAUAUGCACUUAUUAGUGUGCACGCAGGUAUAUGAAAGAAUAUUGAGUGACCGCGGUAGCUAUUCUUAUAUCAUAACUUUAAAAGUAUUUUAAUAUGUGCUAAAAUGACGGGUAAGAUUAAUUAAUUAACAUUAAUGAAUUGCUAUUGUGUGUGCCAAGCCACAGCUAAAGUCGUUGAUUUUUUAGUAUCAUUAUUACAUAUCAUUUGUUCAAUAACACAGUCGUCCUCUCCCAAUUUAAGUUGGAUAAACAGCGAUCCAAGUAACACUUUCUAUUUAAUAUUUUUAAUUCGAGAUUUUUCACUGCCAUUAUUGUUAUUACAACCUUUUCCCUUUUCGACUGCCUACACAUUAUUUUAUUUAUUGCAUCGCGUAAGAUUACUGAUGAUUUCCAAUUGUCUAAAGUAUUUUUUAUUUAUAAGAUUUUUUUUAAUAAAGAAAGUUUUCAAGUAUUUCUGAAUCUGGAACCUAUUUCAGAGAAAGUAUUACGCAAACUAUGAUCAUACUGCACGUUUGAAGUUUUAAAUUUAAUUACUUCAUUUGUUAAUUGUUAAGGUGAAAAUCAUAUUUAAAAUUCAAAUCCAUAAGGAUAACAAAGAGACAAAGUAGAUCGUAGAUCGUUAUAAUAAAAUCAGAAUUUUGUUUUGAUACUUAUAGAUAUAUAUAUAUAUCUAUAUACAUAUAUAGAUAUAUAUAAACAUAUAUAAAUAUAUACACAUAUAGAUAUUGUAUGUGCUUGCCUCGAAAGAUGCUGUAGCGUGCAAUAUGAUCGAUUGAAGGACAGCGUCGUGGAGGCAUAAUGAUAAAACAUGUGACUAAUUAAUUUAUCAUCAUAAGGCAACAUAAGCAACAGUAUCAACUCGUCUCAAUCAAUCAUGGUGACAAUAGUUCUUAAAGUAUUUCUGUAAGUUGUAAAGUGUGAGGAAAACAAACGUAACGAGUUUUUACAAGUCUUCUACUAAAAAGUUUCAAGCAUGUAUCAGAACAUAAAUAAUAUUGUAUUAACCUGUUAGUAGCCUUCAUGGAUGAGUGUUCGACUUCAUUUCAAGAACAC